UGCCGUUCGGAACCCGGGAGGCGGCCGGGGUGGCGGCGAUCUCGAUUGCAGGCACCUGGGCGGGGGACGGCCCAGAGGGUACGGGUCUCGGAUUGGCGCCGUCGGUGCGGGGGCGCCCACAGUGGAGCUGGAGCACGGGUUGGAAGUUUGUGUCCUCGCCCUUGCCGAGCUCUGAGUGAGCUGAGGUGUUGCUGUCCGUGUAAGUUGGGCUGACAUGCCCUGGUGGCCGCGACAUUGUCGCCCGAUUCAUGAGUGAAGAAAGGUGGCCUCCGCCCUCUGUCUCCUUGGCUCGACAUACAUGAGGGAAGGAGGAGCCUCUGGUUAGAAGACCCACACCCAGCACCGGAGAUCCAUCUGUCACCAUGAAGGGAGUCUGCGUGGUUACCUGGCUGGUUACAAGUCUUGGGGUGUGGAGACUUGCCCAGCCUGAGCCCCGGGACACUGCGUGGUGCCAGAGAGCAGAACACCCGGUCAUCUCCUACAAAGAAAUUGGCCCCUGGUUACGUGAGUUCAGAGCGAAGAAUGCUGUGGACUUCUCGCAGUUAACGUUUGAUCCAGGACAACAAGAACUUGUUGUAGGAGCAAGAAACUACCUCUUCAGGUUGCGGCUCGAGGACCUGUCUCUUCUGCAGGCUGUCGAGUGGGGAUGUGACGAAGCUACCAAGAAGGCCUGUUACAGCAAGGGUAAAUCCCAGGAGGAGUGUCAGAACUAUAUCCGGGUGCUUCUGGUGGGUGGUGACCGGCUGUUCACCUGCGGGACCAACGCUUUCACCCCUGUCUGCACCAGCCGCUCGUUGACGAACCUGACGGAAAUCCACGACCAGAUCAGCGGCAUGGCGCGCUGUCCGUACAGCCCCCAGCACAACUCCACGGCUCUACUCACGGCCAAUGGGGAGCUGUACGCUGCCACGGCCAUGGACUUCCCGGGCCGCGACCCCGCCAUCUACCGGAGCCUAGGUGCCCUGCCACCUCUGCGGACUGCACAGUACAACUCCAAGUGGCUCAAUGAACCCAACUUUGUAUCGUCCUAUGACAUUGGCAAUUUCACCUAUUUUUUCUUUCGGGAAAAUGCUGUGGAGCAUGACUGUGGGAAGACUGUGUUCUCCAGGGCGGCCCGGGUCUGCAAGAACGACAUCGGUGGGCGGUUCCUGCUGGAGGAUACCUGGACCACGUUCAUGAAGGCGCGGCUCAACUGCUCCCGGCCCGGCGAGGUGCCCUUCUACUACCACGAGCUGCAGAGCACCUUCUUCCUGCCCGAGCUCGACCUCAUCUACGCCAUCUUCACCACCAACGUGAACAGCAUCCCUGCCUCAGCAGUGUGCGUCUUCAACCUCAGUGCCAUCUCACAGGCUUUCAACGGGCCCUUCAAGUACCAGGAAAACUCACGCUCAGCCUGGCUGCCCUAUCCCAAUCCCAACCCCAACUUUCAGUGUGGCACUGUGGACCAGGGCCUGUAUGUGAACCUGACAGAGAGGAACUUGCAGGAUGCUCAGAAGUUCAUUCUGAUGCACGAGGUGGUGCAGCCGGUGACCGCUGUGCCUGCCUUCAUGGAAGACAACAGCCGCUUCUCCCACGUGGCCGUCGACGUGGUGCAGGGCCGGGACACACUCGUCCACAUCAUGUAUUUGGCCACAGACUAUGGUACCAUUAAGAAAGUGCGUGCACCCCUGAAACAGAGCUCAGGCAGCUGCUUGUUGGAGGAGAUCGAGCUGUUCCCAGAGAGGCGGCAGGAGCACAUCCGGAGUCUGCAGAUCCUGCACAGCCAGAGCGUGCUGUUCGUGGGCCUGCGAGAGCACGUGGCCAAGGUGCCCCUGAAGAGGUGCCAGUUCUACCGCACCCGCAGCACCUGCAUGGGGGCCCAGGACCCCUACUGUGGCUGGGAUGUGGUGAUGAAGAAGUGCACCAGCCUGGAGGAGAGCCUGAGCAUGACACAGUGGGAGCAGAGCAUCUCGGCCUGCCCGACAAGGAACCUCACGGUGGACGGACACUACGGAGCAUGGUCCUCAUGGGUGCCGUGCACACACACAGAUGGCACUGCUGUCGGGUCCUGCCUCUGUCGGUCCCGCUCCUGUGACAGCCCAGCUCCACAGUGCGGUGGCUGGCCCUGUGACGGCCCCAGUAUGGAAAUCGCCAACUGUUCCAGGAAUGGAGGCUGGACCCCUUGGACCUCGUGGUCACCCUGCAGCACCACCUGUGGGAUUGGCUUCCAGGUGCGGCAGCGGUCCUGCAGCAACCCCACCCCCCGGCACGGUGGCCGAGUGUGCGUGGGACAGAACCGAGAAGAAAGGUACUGCAAUGAGCAUCUGCUGUGCCCCCCACACAUGUUCUGGACCGGCUGGGGUCCUUGGGAACGAUGCACAGCCCAGUGUGGGGGUGGCAUCCAAGCACGUCGAAGAACCUGCGAGAAUGGGCCCGACUGUGCAGGCUGCAGUGUGGAGUACCAGUCUUGUAACACCAAUGCCUGCCCCGAGCUGAAAAAGACCACACCCUGGACGCCCUGGACGCCUGUCAACAUCUCUGACAAUGGUGGCCACUAUGAGCAGCGUUUCCGGUACACGUGCAAAGCCCGCCUGCCUGACCCUAAUUUGCUGGAAGUGGGAAGGCAGAGAAUUGAGAUGCGGUACUGCUCGAGCGACGGGACCAGCGGCUGCUCCACGGACGGGCUCUCGGGCGAUUUCCUGCGAGCUGGGCGGUACUCUGCCCACACGGUCAACGGGGCGUGGUCAGCCUGGACGUCCUGGUCCCAGUGCAGCCGCGACUGCAGCAGGGGCAUCCGGAACCGGAAGCGCGUCUGCAACAACCCUGAGCCCAAGUACGGGGGGCUGCCUUGCCUCGGCCCCGCCCUGGAGUACCAGGAGUGCAACAUCUUGCCCUGUCCAGUGGAUGGCAUGUGGUCUUGCUGGUCUUCCUGGUCGAAGUGCUCAGCCACGUGUGGCGGUGGCCACUACAUGAGGACCAGAUCGUGCACAAACCCAGCCCCUGCCUACGGAGGGGACAUCUGCCUGGGGCUGCACACAGAAGAGGCUCUCUGCAACACACAGCCCUGCCCAGAGAGCUGGUCCGAGUGGUCAGACUGGACUGUGUGUGAUCCAUCCGGCAUCCAGAUCCGUGCCCGCCAGUGCAUCCUCCUCUUCCCCGUGGGCAGCCAGUGUUCCGGAAAUGCUACUGAGAGCCGGCCAUGCGUGUUCGACUCGAAUUUCAUCCCAGAAGUGUCCGUGGCGAGAUCCAGCAGUGUAGAAGAAAAGAGAUGUGGAGAGUUCAACAUGUUCCACAUGAUUGCCGUGGGCCUCAGCAGCUCCAUCCUCGGCUGCCUCCUCACCCUGCUCGUCUACACCUACUGCCAGCGGUACCAGCAGCAAUCCCACGAUGCUACCGUCAUCCACCCUGUCUCAGCUGCCCCACUCAACACCAGCAUCACCAACCACAUCAACAAACUGGACAAGUAUGACUCGGUGGAGGCCAUCAAGGCAUUCAACAAGAACAACUUGAUCCUAGAGGAAAGGAACAAGUACUUCAAUCCACACCUCACCGGGAAGACCUACUCCAAUGCCUACUUCACAGAUCUCAAUAAUUAUGAUGAAUACUAAUAGCACCUCAAUUUUCGGCUUCUUGUAAACCCCCAGUUCCUUAAGGCCGGUGCUCCAUGACUGCCCAAAUUGCUGAGGAUUCAAGAUCAAGUUUGAAUACAUUUCAAGUACGUUUCCUGCCACGAGUGCCCCGUUAUCAAAAAUACACAUCCUUACCAGCAAUGCAGUGCUCCACAGGACAUCAUCCAA